CAGCAACAAGUCAGACAUUUGAUCACUCUCUCUCUCUCUUGUCACACAUAUCCAUCAAAAGUUUUUCACUCCAGAAUUAAAAUGGCACCUACGUAUAAACUGACAUAUUUCGAUGUCAAAGCUCUGGCCGAGCCAAUUCGGCUUCUCUUCCACUAUAAAAAUGUACCGUUUGAAGAUGUUCGAGUCGCACGAGAAGAUUGGCCAAACUUGAAGCCUCAAAUGCCGUGGAAUGUAAUGCCAGUGCUGGAAGAAGACGGAAAACAGCUUUCUCAAUCAUUGACCAUCUUCAGAUACUUGGGAAACAAGUUCAAUAUGGCUGGAUCGGACGAGUUCCAAACUGCCAAGUGCAAUGAAUAUAUUGAUGCUAUGGUUGAUGUAAGAACAGAGGUGACCAAGCUUUUUAGGGAGGAAGAUGAGACGAAAAAAGCCGAGUUGAAAAAGAAUCUUAAGGAGACUGUCCUCCCUAAAGCGUGGAAAAAGUUUGAUGACAUUCUUAAGGACAAUGGAACUGGUGUGCUUGUUGGCAAGGAUGUGACCUAUGCUGACAUAUAUAUUGGGUUCAUGACGGAGUGGUUAUCGGCCUUUUUGGAAUUCACUGAAAUACAAAACUACACUAAUCUUCUCGCACAUCAAAAGAAAAUUCUUGGUUUGCCAGGUAUUAAGGAGUGGAUUGAAAAAAGACCAGUGACACAAUUUUAAUUAUUAUUGUUUGAAUACAAAGAACAAACAAAUAUUUCAGAACAUUGAAAAAUAUAUGUGCAUAAUGUCCAUUCCUACUUACAUACUAACUAUUUCUCAAGAUUCUUUGUGUUCAUGCAAGUAAAAUAAAAGGUAUAUGCAAUAUGUAAAA